AUGGAAAACAUAGAAGACAAUAUGGAAAAUAUGAAAGAUGAUAUAGAAAAUAGUUGUACAAGUUCUAGAUGCCCAGAAUGUGGUAAUAAAUUUUACUACUAUUGUAAGCCAUGCAACUUUGCACAUUUCAAUAAAAUUGAUAAAUUGAUUCAAAAUUCACAGCCCAAUGCAAAUUAUCGAUAUAAAUUAAUUAAGUGGAUUGAAUAUUCAAAUCUUAAAAAUAUUGAAUUUGUUGCUCAUGGUGGGUUUGGAAGUGUAUAUAAAGCUAUUUGGAAAGGUGAUCCAAUUGAAGAAGAACCUUAUUCGAAUAUCAACAAAUCUAAAGUGUAUCGGAAUUGCAACAAGAAAGUGGCAAUAAAAAAAUUCCGAAAUGCGACUAGUAUUAGCUCAGAAUUUUUGAAUGAGGUCAGAAAUAAUUUGGAGUUAAAUUACGGGUAUUGUAAUUUAAUUUAUGGUGUAACUCGUGAUCCUCAAAAUGGAGAAUUUGCUAUUGUUAUUGAAUUCCAAAAUGAUGGCAAUAUUAGGGAACUGGUUAAAAAAAGUCACAGUAUCCUGAAUUGGAAGUUGAUUGUUUUUAUACUUAUUGGAAUCAGUAAUGGAUUGUGCGCUGUUCAUAGUAAAAAUUAUCACCAUAGAGAUUUCCACAGUGGUAACAUUUUGAAUAGUACUUACGGUGGUCGUAUUUAUUCAGUGAUUUCAGAUUUUGGCUUGUGUUGUCCUGCAAAUCAAAAUUCAGUAGAUAAGACAUUAUAUGGCGUUUUACCAUUUGUCGCUCCAGAAGUUUUACGUGGUGGAGAGUUUACCAAAGCAGCAGACAUUUAUGGAUUUGGAAUGCUGAUGUCGGAAUUGAUCAGUGGCGAAGCACCUUUUAUUGAUAGAGAUUAUGACUUGCAUUUAGCACUGGAUAUUUGCAAAGGAGAACGUCCACCAAUUCCAGAAUAUACACCUGAACCAUAUGCUGCUUUGAUGAAACGUUGCUGGGAUCCUAUUCCUACCAAUCGUCCAUCAGUUUAUGAGUUGGGUGAGAAAAUUGCAAUAUGGUGUGAUAUUAUACAUGAACUUAGUCAUUCCCGGGUGGCAAUGAAGCAAGAAAUUGAAAAAGAGUUUAGCCGAGAACGGGAGGACAGAUGGAAAGCACGAUUAGCAGAAUUGGCUACAAAACCAUUUUCUCUAAAAAAAUCACAGAAUAUGCUUACCAGUAAACAACUUGAUUAUUCCAAGCAACUCACUCAAUUACUUGAAGCCAAGGAUGUUGAAAUGGAAACUAAUGAUAAUACAUACCACACACGACAAUUCGACAUGUCUCUAAAACUUUUAUUGUAAAAUUGUAAAGUUAUUGAACCAAUUAAUAUUUUCAACAUUUGAAUUAAUUUAGUAAAUUUGCAUACU